AGGAGAUGACCAGAGACUUUGGGACAUAGUACAGGAGAUGAACCAGAGACUGCGGACACAGUACAGGAGAUGACCAGAGACUGCGGACACAGUACAGGAGAUGACCAGAGACUGCAGGCAUAUUACAGGAGAUGACCAGAGACUGCAGAUACAGUACAGGAGAUGACCAGAGACUGCAGACAGUACAGGAGAUGAACAGAGACUGUGGACAUAGUACAGGAGAUGACCAGAGACUGCAGACAUACUACAGGAGAUGUCCAGAGACUGCGGACAUAUUACAGGAGAUGACCAGAGACUGCGGACAGUACAGGAGAUGACCAGAGACUGCGUACAUAGUACAGGAGAUGACCAGAGACUGCGGACAUUACAGGAGAUGACCAGAGACUGCAGACAUAUUACAAGAGAUGACCAGAGACUGCGGACAUAUUACAGGAGAUGACCAGAGAUUGCGGACAUACUACAGG